CACUCUCAAAAGAAUACAAGCAACAAAAUGAAAUCGAACCUUAACCGCUCUUGCAAAAUGAAACGUGAUUUUGAUUCUCUUCGUGCUGGGUUUGCACCAUUGAAAUGUGCUGUGGAGAAAACAAGACUGGAAAAAUCCUGCCCCUUGAAUUAUGAGGAAGGCUUUUGUAAAAGCUGUGCAGAAGAACAUCAGAAAAUACUCCUUAGUGACUCGUUCCAUGCAGCCACCAGAAAUCUAGAUAUUGAAGAUGCAGAAAGACCCAUACAUAACAAAGAAAACAACCAAGUAACCCAGAGACUUGAUGAAGGUAUCUGUGAAAUGGAGGCAAUGGAAAGUAGUAAACUUAAUGAGGACAGUGGUUAUUCCUCUAUGUUAAGCACUCACUAUGCUGAUGCAAUAGAACAUGAGGAUAGUUUACCUUUGGCUGGGAAUCUCUGUGGUACACCAAAGCUUUGUCUUAUGAAGAACCAAAAACAAGAACAGUUUUCAAAGAAGACACUGUUGCCAGUAAUCCAUUAUGAAGAAGUGGUUUGCUCAACUUUGAAGAAAAGUGGUAAAAGAAAUCUCCAGUCUUGGGCUGCUGUAGAUAGAAUUGUUUCUAGGGGAAAAUUUGAACUUUGUAACUUAAUUGGAAAGAAAAUGGGUCUGGAUAGAAUAGACAUUCUUGCUGAACUCUUCCAAAAGAACCUGAAGCAUAUAUUAGCAAACAUUUUAAGACAUCUCAGCGAGAUGGAUUUAGUAAAUUUUGCCAAAGUCAGCACAACAUGGCAGAAGAUUCUACAAGAAGAUAAAUGGAUUUUCCAAAUCUAUAGCAGAGCUGUGAAAAACCUUUCUAAUGUCACUAAGGCACCAGAGCAUGCUGCAACAAGAGAGUACGUUCUCUACAGAGUGUCCUUAGCUUCCAUUCAGAAAGCAACCCCACCAAAACACUCGAACAAAAAAAGCACCAAAUCCAAAGCAUCUAGGAAUCACAGCAGGCUCACAGAGUUUUCUGAGGCUGCCAGGAACUUGAAGAACACUGAAAGCCUUAAAGCCUGCCAUCGCUGUGGCUCACCUGCCAAGUAUGACUCCUACCUCCAAAGAGCAACGUGCAAUCGUGAAAGCUGUGGCUUUGACUUCUGCACCAAGUGCAUGUGCAGCUACCACAGCUCCAGUGACUGUGUGAGCAGCAAACCAGUGAAACACAGCUCCACACCAGGGCCGCUUCCUGGGACUAAGAAAAGCAAACAGAAUCUAAAGAGAUUGUGAUCCAUCCCCCCAGUACAAAUUGGCAAA